CACUGGGCUGCCCACCCCUUGCCUUGUGUAUCUGGCCCCGUCCUGGCUGGAUCCAGAUGGUUAGGGGGCCAGGGAGGCCCGAGAUCAGCCUUCCAGGAGGGACAACUGGUCAGCCACGUUCCUGGAAAGUAAACACCUUGAGUGACUGUAUGUCCCAGCUCCAUCUGCACCCUCAUGGCCAGAGACCCGUCUCCUGAGGAGAGGCAGACCCCAAGCAGAUACGACAGAGCAGCCCCAGGAUGCCCCGCAGACAAGACCCCUGGUGGGGCCCGGACCUCAACUUGGGGUUGAACUCAGAGGCAGCCUACACCUACAAGGGGAUCCACAGUCGGACCAGGCCUGAGACCCCCGGGCCCCCGGCUGGCAAGCUGGAGAGACUGGAGAUAGAGGAAAGCGAUUCUAAAGUGGAGCACAGGCCGUGGGUCACACAUGCGGACGAAGAGGUCAUCAUUCGCAUGAGCAAGCACGGCCCGGGCCACGAGGCUCCCAUCACCAUCCCUGACCUGUUUCGGGAGUCCGUCCUGCGUUUCGGCUCCUACUCAGCCCUGGCAUCCAAGACCCGGAACAAGUGGGACGUUCUCAACUUUAACCAAUACUACACAUUCUGCCGGAGGGCUGCCAAGGCCCUCAUCAAGCUGGGCUUGGAGCGCUUCCACGGGGUCGGGAUCCUGGGGAUCAACUCGGUGGAGUGGAUCAUCGCCUGCAUGGGGUCCAUCUUGGCGGGGGGCCUUUGCGUGGGCAUCUAUGCCACCAACACGGCCGACGCCUGUCAUUUCGUCAUCACGCAGGCCAAGGUGGACGUGCUGCUGGUGGAGAACGACCAACAGCUGCAGAAGAUUCUGUCGAUUCCACAUGGCGGCAAGGAGAUGCUGAAAGCCAUUGUGCAGUACAGAGCCCCCAUAAAGCAGAGCUGGGAGAACCUCUACAGCUGGAAAGACUUCUUGGAGCUGGGCAGCCACAUCUCAGACUCGCAGCUGGACCAGCUCAUGGAAAGCCAGAAGGCCAACCAGUGUGCCGUACUCAUCUAUACCGCGGGGACCACAGGCAACCCCAAGGGCGUCAUGCUGAGUCACGAUAAUAUCACGUGGACGGCUGGGGCGGUGGCCAAGGACCUGGGGCUGCACAUGGCGGCAGAGAAGCAGGAGGUGGUGGUGAGCUACCUGCCUCUCAGCCACAUCGCAGCUCAGAUCAUGGAUGUCUGGAUCCCUCUGAAGAUCGGAGCAUUCACGUACUGUGCUCCACCCGAUGCCCUCCGGGGCACCCUAUUGAGCACACUGCAGGAGGUGAAGCCCACCGCCUUCCUGGGGGUGCCCCGAAUCUGGGAGAAGAUGCAGGAGAAGGUCAAAGAGUCGUGCGGCAAGUCAUCCAGCCUGAAGAAGAAAGUGUUUUCUUGGGCCCAGAACGUGGGCCGGAAGAUGAGCACCCGGAGGUUAUUGGGGUUUCACGAAGUGCCCAUGAACUACCGCAUGGCCAAGGCACUUGUGUUCAGCAAGGUCCGUCAGUCCCUGGGCCUGGAGCACUGCCAAUUGUUCAUCAGUGGGACGGUGGCCCUCAGCCACGAGACCACCGAGUUUUUCCUCAGCCUUGACAUGCCCAUCUGUGAGGUCUAUGGUCUGAGCGAGAGCUCGGGGCCCCACACAGCCUGCACCCCCAACAACUACCGACCUUUGAGCUGCGGUAAAUCCCUGUCGGGCUGUAAGACCCUCCUGUACCAGCAGAACAAUGAGGGCGUGGGUGAGGUCUGCCUGUGGGGCCGCCAUGUCUUCAUGGGCUACCUGGACAAGGCAGAGGCCACCCAGGACACCCUGGAUGAAGACGGCUGGCUGCACUCAGGAGACCUGGGCUGCAUGGACCAUCAGGGCUUCCUUUACAUAACCGGGCGCAUCAAAGAAAUGCUUAUCACGUCGAGCGGGGAGAACGUUUCCCCUGUGCCGAUUGAGAACAAAGUCAAGGAGAGGCUCCCUAUCAUCAACCACGCUGUGCUGGUGGGCCACCGGGAGAAAUUCCUCAGCAUCCUGCUGACACUCAAGUGUGAGGUGGACAAGUUGAGCGGCGAACCCACCAACAAGUUGAGCCUGGAGGCGGUCACCUUCUGCCAGAAGCUGGGGAGCCAAGCCACCACCGUCUCGGAAAUUGUGGAGUUCCACGACCCGUUGGUUUAUAACACCAUCCAGGAGGCCAUCAAUGCCGUCAACCAGGAGGCCGUGUCUACCGCCCAGCGUAUCCAGAAGUGGGUUAUACUGGACAAAGAUUUCUCCAUCUAUGGCGGGGAGCUGGGCCCCACAUCCAAGAUCAAGAGACAGUUCAUAGCCCAGAAAUACAAAGACCAAAUCGAAAACUUCUACCACUGACUUCUUGCAGGCCCCAGGAGGGCUGGUGGAACCAACAGAAAAGGCUUCACAUCUUUGGAGAGCUGGGGGGCGGCCCCACCCACUCAACUUCUUGGGGAGACACCACGAGUCCUUCCAUCAAGCUCUGGUAUUAAAGCGCUUCAGGAUGCAGAGCUGACAA